CGUCGUUAUAAAUACAGGCCGGAAGACCUGGCUGAGUGAAGAACAGGGUUCAUGUGCGUGAAGUUGCACCGUGCGGGCUGAAUGCGUGAAGCUGAGACUCAAACUUCACGCAGCACCGCACAGACGCGCCGGUAAACGCGGGAACGUGCCGCACUCGGCGGAAGGACGCCGGGGUCGCACGAGGCGGCGAGAGGUGACACAAGAGAGAUGUCCAGAUCACGGGAGCAGAGUCAGGUUUAUACGGGAGCCCACUGACACGGGGAAGGUUUGCACUUUUUCAGCCAGCUGCAGAUACAAGUCAACAUGUCUCACCGAGGGCCUUUAACUGCUGUCCUAACAACAGUAUUAGGGGCGACCUUAGGCGGGCUGCUCAUAUGGCGAGUGUACCGGACAAAAAGGAAGCGGCUGCCUUCCGUCCAGACGGCGGCCGAUCCUGUGGAAGCUCCGUGUCCCGUGGAGAAGGAGCUCACAGACGUGGCGUAUACGUGCACCCGAGCACCGCUCCUGGAGAAAGAGUUUAAGGCUGUGGAGUGUCAGACCACGCAGCCGCCCCCUGCUGUGCAGAUCCCGUCGUCUAAACAGCUGCUCGGGGUGAAACCAGUGAUGGUGAGCUCUGAAGAGGAGUGGCAGCAGCUGUGGCCGCUGAUGCAGAAGGAGUUGGCAGUCUUCCCCGUGCUGGGGUUUGACUGUGAAUGGGUAAAGAGCGACGCCGUGUCGGUGAAAGGCCGAGCCUCGGCGGUCUCCCUGUUACAGAUGGCCACAUAUUCAGGCCUGUGUGUCCUGGUGAGGCUGCUGGCGUUUCGAAGCGGCCACUUCCCUCUCAGCUUAAUGGAAGUCCUCCGAGACCCGCACAUUUUGAAAGUCGGCGUCGGCUGCUACGAAGACGGCAAGCGGCUGACGCGCGACUACGGCCUGUCGAUGACGUGCACGGUCGACCUGCGCUACCUUACUUUAAGACAAAGGCUGACUGCGGUGAAUAAUGGCCUCAGUCUGAAGUCUCUGGCAGCCGAUCUGUUGAAUGUGUCUCUGGAUAAAUCCCUGGAGCUGCGCUGCAGUGACUGGGAGGCAGAUCAGCUGACACUGGAGCAGAUGACUUACGCUGCGAGAGAUGCCCAAGUGUCCAUCGCCCUCUUCCUCCAUCUCCUCGGCCUCCAGUCCGAAGCCAGUCCCGCCUCUUCCAGCGGGAGCUCUUACUCCGAGUUGGCCGCCCGCUGCCAGGGCCUGGUGGACGUGCCUUUCAGGGGCCGAGGAGACGGAGAAGACAGGGCGUCUGACGGAGAGAGGAGGCGGAGGACGCGGAAACCGCCCGCUCAAGAAAGCCCGGAGUCUGGAGAUCAGCAAGUCCCAGACCCUCGAAAGAAUAACAAGAGGAAACCGCUGGGCGUGGGCUACUCCGCCAGGAAGUCUCCUCUCUAUGAUAACUGCUUCCUCCACGCUCCGGAUGACCAGCCUCUGUGUACCUGUGACAAGAAGAAAGCCAAAUGGUACCUAGAUAAAGGAAUAGGAGUGCUCCAGAGUGAAGAUCCUUUUGUAGUCCGGCUGCUGUUUGAGCCGUCGGGACGUCCGGACUCCCAACAGGACUAUUAUCUGACUGCCAAGGAGAAUCUGUGUGUAGUCUGUGGCAAAGCGGAUUCCUACAUCAGGAAAAACAUCGUGCCACAUGAGUACAGACGGCAUUUUCCCACCGAGAUGAAAGACCACAACUCCCACGACAUCCUGCUGCUCUGCACCAGCUGCCACGCUGCCUCCAAUGUGCACGACGGCUUCCUGAAGCAGCAGCUGGCUGAAGAGUUCGCUGCCCCUCAGGGCUGCGAGGAGGGAGUCCGCCUGCUGGAGGACUCCGACCGACGGCGGGUACGUUCGGCGGCUCGCGCUCUGCUCACUGCCGGCGAAGGACUGCCGGAGCAGCGACGAGAGGAGCUGCAGGGUCUGAUCAAGAGCUUCCUCAACGUGGACGAGGAGCAGGAGCUGACGGACGAGGAGCUGCAGCAGGCUGCCAGUUUGGAGACGAGGAUUUUCAACAAGGCGUACGUGCCUCACGGUCUGAAGGUGGUGCAGGCUCAAGCCGAUCAGGGCCUGCGGGGCCUGAUGGACCUGGAGCGCCGCUGGAGGCAGCACUUCCUCACCACCAUGCAGCCUCGACACCUCCCUCCGCUCUGGUCCGUCGACCACAACCACAGCAAGUUCCUCCGCAAGUACGGAGAGGACCUGCCCAUCAAACUCAACUGACGUCGGUCUCCAUGAGGACCACGAGCAGCUGCAGACCAGGACAGGAAGCUGAGCUUCUCAUCAGCCGGUCAGAGUGCCGGUUAGAUUUGAAACUUCCUGCAAACUUUACAAGCCAAAUUUUUAGUGAGUGGAUGAAUGAGCUGCUCCACCAGCCGGGACCGAAACGUUACCAACAUGUGGCAGCUGUAGAGUUACCACUCUGGUGUUAACAGGUGAAUACACUACACCUGCAGAUGGACAACGAACCUGAGCGCCCGUGAGAUGCUGCUAGGUUUCCACGUGGAUCCUGAAUGAACUUGAGCAGAGACUCUUUAUUUGUGAGAAGAUACCCAGCACUGAAUCCGAGUCCAUGACGCCACGGUGGACGCCAUGAGAUUGCAUACGGCCACUUUUUAUUAUGAAAGAUGUAUAAUUAUUUAUGAAAGGUUAAAAUAUCUAAAUUUAAGAACAGAUUUUUAGUAAAAGCUACAGCCUGCUCUCAAUUUAACUGACCCCACCCUCCCUCCUUAUCCUGCAGGUUAGAAGCUUUUGCCUCCAUCAGUCUGAGAAUAAACGCUUUGCAGAGACGGGAUCAUUUUAACACGACGCUCCACCCUGCUUUUCUUUUCACUGUUGUCUGUUUUAAGUCGAUAGAUGAAGGAUGAGUUCCCCAGACGCAUCUUUUGAAAUCAAAUUUCAUCUCGUGUUCCCUUCCCUUUUCUGAAAAGAUGAGUUUGGUCCCAAGGUGCCUUUGGGGCGGGUGGAGACGAAUACUAAACCACAGUGAAGUUGGCCGGUUGAUCAUUUUUAAGCUCCUGAUGUUUAUGCUUCGCUCGCUGCGUCUCCAGAUGUUUGGGACGCCUCCAUGGCUCGUGUUUUAACGUGCCUCUUAAUCCCCAGACACGGACCCGGAGCCGCAGCGUCGGGACGUGAGCUCGUUUCAGUUUACAGUGUUUCACUACGACGUCUUUGACAGAACCCAAACUACAGAAGAAGAAAAGGUGCCAACUCCGAAUGUGACUGAGUAUUAACCUUGAAACCAAACGCCCCCUUUGCAAAGGCUGAUAAAUGUCUUCACAGCUGCUUCGUCUCUGUCGAUAUUUUCCUGGAUGUAAAUCCUGAAUCUUUGUUUGUUUUCCUAAUUCAUGAAUGAUAUAAAAUAAAGGUAAUGUUUGUA